GUCUUAUUUUAAUUAGGGACUUUGAAUGGGGUCUACCACCUAACUCUCCUGCAUGUAUGAUGGUGGUUGGAGAUGCAGAUCCAUGUUUUCCUGCACUCACGUGUACCACGUGCUCGGCAGCGCCCGUCAAGCUGUCGUUAAAGCCGACAGGAGAGCUUAUUAUGGGAGCUGCUCCUGCUGUCCUCUAUCAGCAACAGCCAGCACUUCUCCAGUCAUCUCCAGCCAUGGCUCCAAGUGAAUGCUGUUUACUGCACCGGCAGACAACAAAACCUAGCGGGAAGUGUUUUUAAGCCAUUGCAAUAAUGAAACAAGGAAGGACAGGCCUCAAAUCGAAGGGCCAGGCCUUCCCCUCCCAUGAGGAGAGGGCUAAGAGACAGAAGCGGGGGCCAUCCAGCUUCGCCCUGUCUCCAGCACAGGACUGGGGUAACCUGCCCCACCAUGUGGUCCUGCAGAUCUUCCAGCAUCUGUCCCUCAUAGACCGGGCCAGGGCCUCAUCUGUGUGCUGGCGCUGGAAUGAGGUUUUUCACACCCCUGACCUGUGGAGGAAGUUUGAGUUUGAGCUCAAUCAGCCGGCCACAUCUUACCUGCGCUCCACUCACCCUGACCUCAUUCAACAGAUCAUCAAGAAGCACGCCCAGCACCUGCAGUACGUUAGCUUCAAGGUGGACAGCUGCAUAGAAUCUGCAGAGGCGGCCUGUGACAUUCUCUCCCAGCUGGUGAACUGUACCAUUAAGACCCUGGGGCUGAUUUCCACAGCCCGGCCGAGCUUCAUGGAUGUGUCUCAGGCCCACUUUGUGUCUGCACUGACAGUGGUGUUUGUCAACUCCAAGUCCUUGUCCUCUAUCAAGAUUGAUGACACCCCAGUGGAUGACCCGUCCCUGAAGGUGCUCGUUGCCAACAACAGUGACACCCUUAAGUUGCUGAAGAUGAGCAGCUGCCCUCAUGUCUCCCCAGCAGGUAUCCUGUGUGUGGCAGACCAGUGCCAUGGUCUGAGGGAGCUGGCGUUGAACUACCAUCUCCUGAGUGAUGAACUCCUGCUUUCCCUCUCCUCUGAAAAACAUGUCCACUUGGAGCACCUGCGCAUUGACGUGGCGAGUGAAAACCCUGGCCAGACACACUUUCACACCAUCAAGAGGAGCAGCUGGGAGGCUUUGGUCCGACACUCACCCAAGGUCAACAUUGUCAUGUACUUCUUCCUCUAUGAGGACGAGUUUGAGCCCUUCUUCCGUGAGGAAACUCCCGUCACCCACCUGUACUUUGGCCGUGCGGUUAGCAAAGAGAUGCUGGGCCGCAUCGGACUGAACUGCCCUCGACUGGUAGAGCUGGUGGUUUGCGCCAACGGCCUCGAGCCCCUGGAUGAGGAGCUCAUCCGUAUUGCUGAACGCUGCAAAAGCUUAACGGCCAUCGGGCUAGGCGAGUGUGAAGUGACCUGCAGUGGCUUUGUGGAGUUUGUGAAGAUGUGUGGGGGCAGGCUGACUCAGCUGUCAAUCAUGGAGGAGGUGCUAAUCCCAGACAGCAGCUACAACAUGGAGCAGAUCCACAGCGAAGUGUCCAAGCACCUGGGCCGCAUGUGGUUCCCUGAUAUGAUGCCCACCUGGUAGGCUGAGGCCAAAGUGGAGGGCUGUUAAUGAAGCACAUGAGCGCUGUCAGUGUGAGGAUUCAUUUUAACAGAGUGUGUGUCCACAGUUACAAAUUUUACUGUGAAACUGGUUUCAGCUUCAGUAUCAGACCGUAGUGUCGUGCUCUUUUGGCACAAUAAGAAGGUGAGAGACAGAUUCUCUCAUCAGUGUUCUUGGCUGGCUCACUAGAAGGCGGGUCAUUUCUAAAGCUGUCACUUGUGUUUUUACCUGCAGUGAAUUUGAUGUAGGACUAAUGACGUCCACUGACGCCCUUUUAUCACAUAAAAACAUUGUCAAUUCUGGAUUUCUGGCUGUCUUGUGAGCACUCAGCUUUCUUCAUAUACAUAGAUGUUGUGAUGUGAAGAUUUGGAUGUAGUAGCUUUUUUCACUAAUGAUACAGUUUGUGAUUUCCUACAUUUCCAGGCAUCCAGUUUGAGAGGCAGAGACCCCGCCCAGACUUAGUGCACCCAGGCUUUGGUAGAGAGAGCAUUAACAAUAAUGUAGGACAGAGAAAACAAGAGUUUCCAGUUGAGUGAGGACAAGUUUUCUAAACACAAUGUGUGUUUUGUUUUCUUGUCUAGGUAUGUUUGUGUCAGUAGAGACUUCAUCCUAAUCUAUAACAUUUUUAUUCAGUUUUCAAUUGCUGAGUGUCAAUUAAAAUAAAUAAAACUUUGUUAUUUAAUUUAAAGGUUUUGACAUAAUGAACUCAGCUUUAGACAUUAAACCGGUCAUACUGAUUAUCCCCUGUCAGGUCAAGACAGAGGACAAUCAGUUUCAUUUUCAUUUUCCUUUUAUUCACUACUGAAAUUGAUUUUUAUUUCCAUUCAAAUUGGCAUUUAAAGCUAAUGUCCUAUGCUCAAAUUCUGAAGUUAAUGAGACUAUAGUCAUUUAACUCAAACUCCAUUGUCAUCCUUUAAAUGUGUCAGGUAAUUCUCCAGAAUGAGAUAAAUCACAAUUAAACAACAGAAUUAAACCUGUAAUACAGUGAUCAUCAGCUGUAGUUAGUGAAAACAGUGGUAAAAGUGACAGGUUGUCAUCAGAAAUAUGCCGGACAGUUUGAUAUUUAUUGAAGUUAUUUUAAAACUUAUUUCAGGUG